AUGAGUUUCAAAAACCUUUCAAUCUUGUUGCUGGUCGCUGUGGGAUCUAUCCACAAUACGAUGGCUUACCCGGCGGCCCCAGAAUCCACAACUUCAGUUUUGGCUGAUACCACAACCGCUCCAAAGCCCGCCGGAACAAUUGGAACAGCUGGAACAACCGGAACUAGCGGAACGGCCGGAACGGGAGCGAUUUUGGCCGAAAAGCCUGGGGCUUUGGGCAGCCCCACUGAUCCAAAGGAUAAGGAUAAGGACCCCUUGGGGGCCAAAAAAACGGCGGCAGGUAAAGAGAGUGCUGCUGCUACUAAAAUCAAGGCUGCAGGAAUCACGCUGAAUUAG